UAAAUAAUAAUAACAAAUGAAAGAUGAGGUUCGCAAACUGUCGUUCACCUCUGGUUUCCUUCUAGUCUUCCUCUUUUCUCUCACGAUAAUGCAACUGCUCCAUGCUCCGUCCUCACCGCACCUUUCCUUGCAAAGCUCAAAUGCACACCUAAGAGGACUGCUUACGGUGAAGUCUUCUUUAUUUGCCAUCAAUUCGUUCUUUCAGCUUAGAAGGGGGCCAAAUUCUAUAUGGACGUCUUAUAAAAGGGUCAUUUUGAGCUGUAGUGAAGCUAGAGCUGCUUCUGUUGAAGCUGGAACUUCAGCAGUAUCAACUGGAACAGCUGAGGAUGAUGUUUUGAAAGCCCUGUCUGAGAUCAUUGAUCCUGACUUUGGAACAGAUAUUGUAACUUGUGGAUUUGUGAAAGAUCUUCAGAUUGAAGAAACUCUAGGAGAGGUGUCAUUUCGGCUAGAGCUCACUACACCAGCAUGUCCAAUCAAGGACAUGUUUGAGCAGAAGGCAAAUGAGGUGGUGGCAAUGCUCCCGUGGGUAAAAAAUGUUAAAGUCACAAUGUCAGCACAACCAGCCAAACCUAUAUUUGCAGGGCAACUUCCAGCUGGUCUACAGACAAUUUCAAAUAUUGUGGCUGUCUCUAGUUGUAAGGGUGGUGUGGGAAAAUCAACUGUUGCUGUAAAUCUAGCAUAUACUCUGGCUAGUAUGGGAGCUAGAGUUGGUAUAUUUGAUGCUGACGUUUAUGGUCCAAGUUUACCAACAAUGGUCUCUCCUGAAAAUCGACUGUUAGAAAUGAACCCAGAAAAGAGGACCAUAAUUCCAACUGAUUACUUGGGAGUCAAGUUGGUCUCUUUUGGCUUUGCUGGACAAGGACGUGCAAUAAUGCGUGGUCCAAUGGUUUCAGGAGUUAUUAACCAACUUUUGACUACUACUGAGUGGGGCGAGCUGGAUUACCUUGUUAUUGACAUGCCUCCUGGAACUGGAGAUAUUCAACUGACUUUAUGCCAGGUAGUUCCAUUAACUGCUGCUGUAAUUGUCACUACUCCUCAAAAGCUAGCAUUCAUUGAUGUUGCAAAAGGAGUUCGCAUGUUUUCAAAACUUAAGGUGCCAUGCGUUGCUGUUGUUGAGAACAUGUGUCACUUUGAUGCUGAUGGAAAACGAUAUUACCCGUUUGGUAGAGGUUCAGGUUCUCAGGUCGUCCAGCAGUUUGGAAUACCUCAUCUAUUUGAUCUUCCCAUUAGGCCAACUCUAUCUGCUUCUGGAGAUAGUGGGAUGCCUGAAGUUGUUGCUGAUCCUCUUGGUGAAGUUUCUAAAACUUUCCAGAAUCUAGGAGUAUGUGUUGUGCAACAGUGUGCCAAAAUUCGCCAACAAGUUUCAACAGCUGUCACCUAUGAUAAAUCAAUCAAGGCAAUUAAAGUGAAGGUACCAGAUUCAGAUGAAGAAUUUUUUUUACAUCCAGCAACAGUCAGACGGAAUGAUCGCUCUGCUCAGAGUGUGGAUGAAUGGACAGGGGAGCAGAAAUUGCAGUAUGCUGAUGUUCCUGAAGAUAUUGAACCAGGGGAAAUCCGGCCCAUGGGAAAUUAUGCUGUUUCUAUAACUUGGCUUGAUGGAUUUAGCCAGAUUGCUCCUUAUGAUCAACUGCAGACAAUAGAACGACUAGUAGACAUUCCUCAACCAACGGGUCAAUUGUGAUGUUCUAGCUAUUGAAAUCAUCGGCCGGGUUCUUUCCUGUCAUGGUACUUCAAGAGGCCUUCAACUUUCUCCCCUUCUCAUUAUGUUUAUUGCCAUUGGUAGAGUUUGAUUUGACAGUAUUAUUCUGUAAUAUAUAAGUUGGCUUGAUAAUAUCUUUGCCUUUUUUUUUUUUUUUUGCUUUACUCUGAGUAGAGCAAACUCACUUCUCUUCCAUGUAUCUUUUGAAUACCAUGAAUAACUUGUGCAAGAAGACACAUGAUCGCUA